CUUGCGUGAAGAACGACGGACGAAUACACAGUGUGUGAAAUCUAAUGGUGGAAAUUAGUUAGCAUUUGUAUUUGAAAGAGCGUGUCCUUUGAUGUAUGUUGUUCAAAACUCACAGCGUCAGUAGUGUUGUGGAUAUCUAAAUGCAAGAAUAUUCCUACACUUCAACUCUUAAAGUUCUACCAAUGGUUGGAGAAGAAACAUUUAUUACCAACAUAUCUUAUAACACAUCUGUGUCUGACAAUACCACAUAUUACUCGGAUGAAAAUGAACACUUCUACGAUUUUGUACAUAUUCUCUACAAAUUUUUCAUCCCAGUGCUCUGCAUCUUCGGAAUUAUCGGAAACGCCUUGUCUUUUCGAGUGUUCGUCUUCACAAGCUUUGCUAAACAGCCAUCCAGCGUUUAUCUUGCGGCACUAAGCGUGUCUGAUACCUGGUUUCUCUCUGCGUUGCUCGUCAGCUGGAUCGGCAGUCUGAAUAGAUUGGCCACACAAUCGGUGGUCUUUUGCGUGAUUUCCAUUUACAUUACCCACGUGACCAGCUUUUUGUCGGUCUGGUACGUGGUUCUUAUCAUGCUGGACAGAUACAUCGUCGUGUGCCAUCCCCUUAAAGGCCACAGACUGUGCUCAAGACAGCGAGUCUUAAUUGCUCUGACUAUUGUAACGGCUUUUGCUGUUUUAUUUUAUUCCUACUGUUUUUUUACCUUGAAAAUAGACCAUCUUGAUGAUAGCGAGCGGCAGUUAUGUAGAGUGCGAGAGAGCUCUUAUCACGUGUUACGUCUUAUCACGUAUUUUGACAGCGUUAUAACAUUUAUAAUACCUAUGGUGGCUGUUUUUGUCUUCAAUCUGGCCGUUAUUUGCUCCAUACGGAGGUUUUACUUCCGACAAUUUCGAAUGAGCCGGGGGCAAUUGUACGCCUCCACUUCCCCUAUGUUCAAUAUUCUAUCCAAGGCUCAAGUGCGUUUGACAGUUAUGCUCAUUAUUGUUUCCUCUGUAUUCCUCAUUCUUAAUCUGCCUAGUCACGGAUUUAGAUUUUUUAUACUGGUCAACGAUUUAUUGAAAAGACGAAAGGAGAAUUUCCAUCUAUUCCUUAUUCAACACUGUCUUCAAAUAAUGUAUUAUAUCAAUUUUGCCAUUAACUUUCUUUUAUACUGCAUGAGUAGCAAAAGUUUCCGAAGAUGUAUUAGAGAAUCACCCAAGUGUCAAAAGUAUUGAUUCUUUUAAAAAUAUUGUUAAUUUAAUAUUUAUAUGAAACAAAGAAAAAAUGCCCAUUUAAUAUUACAUCUAAAAACUUUAUAGACGUUUUUUUUCUCAUAAUUUUACAUCCAAUGCAUUUAAUAUGUUUCAAAAUAUAAAUAUUUACAUUUUUAACUGUCUUUGUCUGUGAUAACAUUACGAAUCAAUUUUGAACCCUAAAACCCAAUAGCUUCAUAAAACUUGAGUGACACAAAAUGGGCGUGUCUUAUACCAUAACCGAAAAACAGUAUUGGCUGCGCCGCGUAGUAAUACAUAGCAUGUGCUACAUAAAAAAAAUAGUGGUUUUAAGAUAAUGCUGUUUUAAAGUGUACAAAUUGGAAUAAUAUGAAUAUAAGUAAUAAAGAAUCAUUCUUUGAAUAUUAUGAGGUGAUAAUUUCGGUCGAAGCGUGGUCAAAUCUAUCAUAAAACCCUUCGGGCUUCAUUGGAUUAUACCACGCCCCGACAGAAAUUUUCACCCCAUAAUACACAAAAAAUGAUUCCUUAUUCCUUAAUUAUAUCAAUACAAGAUCAACAAUCAAUGCUUGUUUUGUAACUGUUUUUUUUUUCAAUCUGGAACGUUUUAGAAUACAAUACUAAAUCAAUAGCUAUUUUUGU